AUGGUCAGCGGUCGCCCCAACACCGACAAACGCGCGCACAAGCGUGCGAGAAAGGAAGAGUCGCACGAGGCUGCCGAGGACAUCGACGGUGCCGCCGCUUCAUCUCCUGAGGCACUUCAGGACCAGCUGGUUCCUGCAAUGCAGGAAUUUGAUAUCAAUGCAAUCCUCAAGAACAGCGCCCUCGCCGCCAAGGUCGACGACCAAGCAAUCACUUUGCAAAACCAGGCUACCACCCUCAGUGGCCAGGCCAUCAUCAUCAAGAAGCAAACCAACGUCCUGCAUCGGUUUGAGAGAAAACUCGAAACAUUCGCCGAGGAUACCAGGGCCGCGGUUGAAACCGCCAAUGUUGUCCAAGACCAGAUCGGCCGUUACGUGGGCCCUGUGGAAAAGCAUGGAAACCGCCUCAAUUUCCUCGAGGCCAAACAAGAGGGCAGCGGCAACUUCAUGCUCGCUUGCCUGCAGAGGAUGGGCGAGUUUACCAGCCAACUGAAGGCCGUGCGUGCUGAAUUGGCCGCGACCAAGCAAGAGUUGGCAACCACCCAGCAAGAGUUGGCGGCAACAAAUAUCGAGUUGGUGGAGAUCAACGUGGCACUGGCCGCGACUAAAAAAGAGUUGGCGGUUGUGAACCAGCAUGUCAAUGCGAUCCAGACUGUUGCUCUUGACAAUGAUGACAACCUACGAUGGCACUAUGGAAAGCAUCUCUUCCAGGUCUCGACGGCCGUAACAAAGAUCCGUUACACCCUGUCCUCCUCCGAGCUCGAUGGUGGUCCGCCGCCCCCCUGCGGUGACUCCGUAUGGUCCAUUUUCCAGCACGGCAUCGACAUUGAUCCCGAGAGAGCUGCCAUGAUUUCCUUCUGGCAGCCCGCCAACCACCUUGAAGCGCUCGUGGGCAAGUCACCAUGCCCUGCCAAAUCCAUGGUCGAUCCCAAGCACCAAGACUCGAUGCUGAUCUGGUCGUACGAUCAGAUGCAGCGGGGAACUGCUCGUCUCGGAGCCAUCCUCGACAGACACAACGUCCCCGCCGAUUCGAUGAUUCUCACUUUUAUUCCGCACGGCGUCGAAUGGUCGCUCGUCAUGUGGGCCGCCGCACUGAAAUGCCAUACCCUCGUCUGUCGGACAGUCCAGUUACUUCACUCCAGCCUGCCCGACGACCAGCAGCUGAAGGAAUACUACUUCCGUCGGUUGCGACCCGCAGUGGUGAUUGUUGAAGAUGAUGAGUCCGCUGCGAUUGUUGACAAACUUCAGCAGGAUGCGGCAGCGGCAGGAGAUCGAUCGUCUGACUCUGGCAGCAGCUUCUUCCUCGGUAUCUGCCUCUGCCCCCUCACCCCCGCCCGCCGCACAUCCGGUAGUAACUGGAUCUCAUUUGCCUCGGACAUCGUCUCCCCCCGGCCACCUUUCACCGACGAAGAGAGCAGUGUCUCAGCUCAACAAGUCCGCGAUCGCCUAGAUCGCAUCUCCAACAUCUUCUUCACCAGCGGCACCUCAGCCUCACAGCCUAAAGGCGUACCGCGAACGACUAGAAAUGUGUGCGCGGCCAUCGCUUCGCAUACCGCCUUCUCUUCUUCUCCCCGCGCCCCUGAGAUUCCGCGGCCCGGAACCGUAGGCCUAAUCUUUUCCGCCAACAUGAUGGCCCUGUCCAUGACCUCCCCGCUAAUACAAUGGUACAACGGCGGUACGGUCGUCAUUCCGUCGCGCGUCUUUUCCGUGUCUGCGAACUUGGAAGCUAUCGAGCGGUGCGGGGUGACCAAUAUGGAGCUGAUGCGCAGCCAGCUGGUGCUGCUGGCCAAACACAAGGACUUUGCUCCGCGGAAAAUCCGGUCGAUUCGAGUUAUAUUCGUUAGUGGCGAGAUUAUCACGGUUGGGUAUCUGGAACGGGUGCGGGAGAUGUUGGGUGUUGGCGAGAACGUGUUAUUAGUGGCUGGAUUUGGAAUGACGGAGGGCGUGGGCGCGCUGGGAUAUCCUCCAAGUGUCCUAGAGAAGGGGAUGCCGAAGCCGUUGGGAGAUGUGAUGCCUGUGGGAACGGCGACGCCGGGGACGAGGGUCAAGGUGGUUGACGUUGAGAAGAAGGUGUCGGAGACAACUCAGACACCGCAGAAUGAUCAGGCUACCGCUGAGAAGGAGAAAGAGUGGGAGGUGGUGCCCCGGGGUAAGCAGGGCGAACUGCAUAUCUCAAAUGAGGCGUAUGUCGAUGGGUAUCUCGACGGAUUAGCGCCGCAGAUGUUUUAUCGCGAUAGGAAGGGCACCAAGUGGUUUCGCACAGGCGACUUGGCAGUGAUUGAUGAGAGCGGGAUGGUGUUUGUUGUUGGCCGGAUGAAGGAUAUUUUGAAGAGCUCUGUCGGGUUCUUCAAUCCCACGGCUAUAGAGGCAUUCCUGGCCAGGCACUUGUCGGUUGAGGUGUGCGUAAUCGGUAUCCCGUCUCCUAUGCAUGGCGAGAUGCCCUACGUUAUUCUAGACCGCUUACCCGAGAACGGAACGGCAACAGACGUCAGCGAGAUGUUCUCUCAGAUGAUGCCCGGGGGAUCAGGAUUCUCGCUCGGGGAGGUCAUUACGCUGAAGGAGCUGGGGUUGGACACAUGGCCGAUUACUGUUACUGGAAAGAUGCAGAGACAUCAGUUGCGGAAGAUUGCGGUGGCGUAUUUGAAGACGAAGGAUAUCAGCGGCUAUGCUUUGGACGGUUAG